GCGCUUCACCCAGCGAUUCAUAAACAAAACAGUCGGCGGGUUGACUAGGUUCUGCGGUCAAACAGACCGGUUUUAUCACUGCAUUCAUUAAGUGUUUGGACUUCGACUAAAACAAAUAUAUAAACUACACAGAAAUCACUUAUGAUUAGCUGUUGGAUUAGCACGAUUAAUCAAUGAAAAAUGGCACCCAACCAGAAGCUGGUCGAGCUGGAGGCUUGGCGUAAGUCUGGCAUAUCCCAUACAUAUCCUAGCUAUCGCAGACAGUUUCCCAUCAGUGAAGAGAGCUGGCUGGAGGGCAAACAUCGGGACGAUGCAGCUGAAGGUCUGUGGCGAAUCAAAGAUAAGCUCUACGAUCUGAGCGACUUUGCUCGGCGACAUCCGGGCGGCGCCUUCUGGAUUGAGCGCACUAAAGGCACCGAUAUCACCGAACCCUUUGAGUCACAUCACAUCGAGGAGCAUGCCCAGAAAAUGCUUAGCAAAUUCGAAGUGAGAUCAGCUGCCCAGCCGAGAAAUUAUAAAUUUACGCUGGAAGAGCAAGGUUUCUACUUGACCCUAAAGCGACGCGUGCGAGCGAAGCUGCGAAAGCUGAACUAUCGACCCAGCUACAAAACAGACCUACUCCACACAGGCAUCCUAAUCUCAGUGAUAUUCUUCAGCUGGGCUGGCACUGCCUUCAACUCCUUGCUACUGCGUGCCCUAGCGGGUCUGUCGCUCUGCUGGCUCUCGUCUUCGGCUCACAAUUACUUCCAUCAGCGCGAUAAUUGGCGCAUGUACAGCUUCAAUCUGCUGCUGCUCAACUUCAAUAGCUGGCGCACCUCGCACGCACUGUCCCAUCAUGUUUAUCCCAAUUCGCUGCACGAUCUGGAGAUGUCGCUCUUUGAGCCCUUCCUCUGCUGGGUGCCCAGCAGGCACUAUGCGAGCAGGAAGCAGCGUGUGAUCUCUGUGCUGAUAUCGCCUUUUAUAUAUACGAUCAUGAGUCUGGUGCAGUUUACGGAACGCAUUGUCUACUCACUGGCCAAACGGAACGUUAUGUACUGGCACGAUGUGCUGGGCUUCACCUUGCCCGCCUUUCUCUAUGUCGCCACAAAUGUUGAUCUCAGCUCUGCGAUCAUUAGUUGGCUGAUCAUUCUGGGCUUUGGCAGCUUUAUGUUUGGUUUUAUUGGCUUGACUGCCGCUCAUCACGAUCCUCGCAUCUACCACGACGGCGAUGCGCCACGAGCCGAUCGCGAUUGGGGUCUCUUUCAGCUCGAUACGAUCAUCGAUCGUGGCGAUAUCAAGUGGUCCGAUUUUCUGGUGCUCACACACUUUGGCGAGCAUGCGCUGCACCACAUGUUUCCCACGCUGGAUCAUGGAGUGCUACGACAACUCUAUCCGGAGCUGCAGCAAACCCUGAGCGAGUUCAAGUCGGAGCUGCGUGAAAUCAAUCACUGGAGCCACAUCAAAGGUCAAACACAGCAGCUGCUGCGCAUGGAAGCGAAUCCCAAUCCGCCGGGCAGCAAGAAAUUUAAAUAG